GAUCGGUACGUACACCUCAACCCGGUCGUCGUCGUCUUCAUUGUCGUCGUCGUCGUCAUAGUUGUCAGAGCUGUCGCUGUGAGUUUAAAUUUGCGUUAGAAGAUGUUGAGGUACCUGGUGGUACUAGCGGCGGCUAGCUGCUGUCUGGUCGUGGCUUCGUCGAAUUUUCCUACCAAGACAGCCGACAAGGAUUUCCUUCUGAAGCAGCAAAAGGUUUACCAGCUGCUGUACCAUGUCCACCAGCCGGAUAUAAUUCUACCUGAACUCUACAAGGAAGGCAUGGCAUGGAAUAUCGAAGACAAUUACAACCUCUACGACGACGUGAAAUGCGUCCAAGAGUUCAUGGAGAGAUACCGGUAUGGUAUGCUUCCACGUGGACAAGUCGAUUCCAUCUACUACCAGAACAUCCUAGAGGAGACCAAGUGCCUCUUCUUCGUCUUCUAUCACGCAAAGAACUUCGACACCUUCUACAAGACUGCCGCCUGGGCCCGUGUUCAUAUCAACGAGGGAGUCUUCACCUACGCCUUCUACUUGGCUGUGAUCCACAGACCUGACACCGCAUACAUCCAACUUCCAGCACCCUACGAGAUGAAUCCUUAUUAUUUCUUUAAUAAUGAGAUCAUGGAGAAGGCACACCAUGCUAAAUUCUUUGGCAACCUUGAACAUCAAGGUCCCAGUGGUCAAGAUACCUACAUCAUCCUAGCAAAUUACAGCGCGUGGUACCUGGCUCGUGAGGAUGACUACGAGAGACGCCUCAAUUACUUUACCGAGGAUAUUGGACUGAAUUCUUACUACUUCUACUUCAGACAAAAUUACCCAACUUGGCUUAAGAGCGAAGACUUCUCCUGGGAUCGCAAUUUCCGUGGUGAAGAGUAUCUUUAUGGACACAAACAGAUUCUCACUCGAUACUAUCUUGAGCGUCUUUCUAACGAUCUUGGCACUAUUGAGGACUUUGAUUGGAGUCAAGAAUUCCCUAUUGGUUACUAUCCAUCGUUGACCUAUAACAAUGGUCUUCAAUUCCCAAUUCGUCCUAAGUGGACCAAUAUUCCCUCUUAUAAGUACAAAUACUUAAAGGAAGUACAAGACGUGGAACACCGUAUCACCUCAGCUAUUGAUUCUGGCUUCAUAAUUGACGCCGACGGCAAACUUAUCAAGAUCACCACACCAGAAGGUCUCAACAUCCUAGGUAACAUCAUCGAAGGAAAUUGGGAUUCCCCUAAUCCCAACUUCUACAGAAGCAUCGAUGUUCUUAUGAGAAAGAUCUUCGGCUACAACCUGGAGCCUGCGAGCAAGUAUCAAAUAUAUCCUAGCGCGCUGGAACAUUAUUCUACCAGCUUGAGGGACCCAGCUUUCUACCGCAUUUACAAGAGGAUCGUUUCUUACUAUCUGAGAUACAAGAAUCAACUAACACCCUAUGUACAAUCUGAGGUCGUCUUCCCUGAACUGAAGAUCAACUCAGCAUCUGUUGACAAGUUGAUCACGUACUUCGAAUACUUUGAUGCCCUCUUGAGCAAUGGUAUCCUCGUCGACAGUGCUCAGGAGGCUGAGUCCUAUAACGUCAAGGCUAGACAAUACCGUCUCAACCACAAACCCUUCUCCUUCCACCUGGACAUCAACAGCGAGAAGCCAAUGAAGGCAGUGGUCCGUAUUUUCCUAGGACCCAAGUACAAUGUCCUUGGCAAUGUCCUGGAUCUAUCUGAAAACUACUACAACUUCUAUGAAAUAGAUCAGUUCAACGUUAACCUGGUUGCUGGAACGAACAAGGUCGUGCGUAAGAGUUCAGAUGCCUUCUUCACUGCACCGGAUACUACGUCCAGCGACUACUUCUACAAGAACAUUCUCAAGGGUAUCGACGGCUCCGGGAGUGUCGUUUACGAGGAACGUCUAUUUGGUUUCCCAGAGAGACUUCUUCUGCCUAAGGGUAAAACCGGGGGUAUGCCCUUCCAGCUGUUCUUCCACGUCAGCCCUGUAAACGAGGAGUACACAUAUUCAUCAAGAAUCUGGGGAACGAUCCCAGUUGAUCGUAGGCCUUUCGGCUACCCACUGGACAGACCCGUCCACGCCUUCCAAUUCCACGGACCCAAUAUGCUCUUUAAGGAUAUCCUAAUCGUACACAAAGAAGAGAGUGAUUUCAAUGUAACUAUCUAAUCACUGGUCAAUCAAUCUUGAUAACAUAUUCUCUAAACUGCUCACUCAAUCCACUUCCUAUGCUGACUCACCUAUAGUUAUUUACUUACUUUCUUACUUACUUAUCCUAGUUACUCGCAUAUGCGGUUACGUUGUCGCUAUGUCCCGGUAGCAUGAAUAAAUUUUUAUUAUUUUAA